AUGGGUAUUGGUCUUGUAACGACGGACAUGAUUGGUCUGGAGUACAAUAAGCAGUACAACACUGAUGUGAAGGAACAAUUCCGCAUGAAGAUUUUCAUGGAUAACAAACACAAGGUUCUGGAACACAACAAACAUUUUGCCCAGAAUAUGACUUCCUUCAAACUCAAACUUAACCACCUAGGAGACAUGUUGAGGCAAGAAAUUAUCUCUUCUAUGACUGGCUUCACUGAAAUGGACACCAAAAAUGGCAUCCAAGACAUAACUGCCAUCUACAUUCCUCCCGAUGACGAUGUGCUGCUGCCCUCCUCUGUUGACUGGCGCAAGAAGGGUGCUGUAACUGGAGUCAAGAAUCAGGGGCAGUGUGCUUCAGGCUGGGCAUUCUCAACAACCGGAUCACUUGAGGGUCAGCACUUCCGCCGAUGGAGUCGUCUGCUCAACAUCUCGGAGCAGAACCUCAUAGACUGCUGCCACCUGUGUCAAGGAUGCCAGGGUGCACGUAUGGACUACGCUUUUACAUACAUCAUGCAAAAUAAUGGCAUUGACAGUGAGAGUUACUACCCUUAUGAGGCCAGAAAUAAUGUGUGUCGCUACAACCCAGUUAUGGCUGUGGCCAAGGCCUUGGGGUACGUGAGUAUCCCAACUGGUGAUGAGAUAGCUCUGAAGGCUGCUGUAGCCAAUAUUGGUCCUGUGUCAGUAGCCAUCGAUGCCUCCCUCCCAUCCCUUCAUUACUACACCCACGGUAGUAUAUUAUCCAGGUAA